GGAAAGAUAUCAUUGAGAAUUAUGUCGUUAGAUCAUGGCCUGUUAAGCUUCGGUUGAAAACAUCAAUUGCAUCUUCUUCUACUUUUCCGAUCUCCGUCAUUCAAAUCUCAAUUCUCUGACUUCUCUGCGAAACCAGCCAAGUUCUUAUAUAUAUAUACGUAAGUUUUCUUUGCGUUCGGAUCAUAAAACAUUGCUUAAAUUACGUGCUGAAGUAAGGGGGGAAAAUGAGAAGCGGAGACGGAAGAGAAGCUCAUCUGCAGACGAACACCGACGACAUAGAGAUCGUCGGGAACGACAGGAGAAGAGCAUUUAGCGGUCCGCUGGCAGGAGCAGCUCCGACUCAACAAUUUAGCAGAAACAGGAGUAGAAAGAGUGCCAGGUUCAAUUUGCCUUCUGGGCACAGCCUAAGUAGGAACAGAAACAGCGGCGGCGAUGUGCCUGAUGACUACGUGGAGAUAACUCUGGAUAUCCAUGACGAUUCCGUGGCGGUUCACAGCGUUCAGACAGCGACAGAUGAUCCGGAGGUCUCUUUGAUGGCCAAGAGGACGCUCGGGAAGAAGUCUUCUUCUUCGUCCUUGGGUUCCUCCGUUUUGCGGAGCGCUUCGGCCAAAAUCCGGCAGGUCUCGCAGGAGCUCAAACGUUUUACUUCCCUGUCCAAAAGGUCGUCUACUGCUAGGCGUUUCGACCGGAACAAGUCGGCUGCUGUCCAUGCCUUGAAGGGCCUCAAGUUUAUCGCUGCCAAGACCAGCGGCGCCGCCGGAUGGCCAGCCAUCGAGAAACGAUUCGACGAGCUGACGGCUUCUACAAACGGACUUCUUGACGCUUCAUUGUUCGGGGAAUGCAUAGGUAUGAACAAGGAGUCGAAGGAGUUCGCGGGUGAGCUUUUCCGAGCACUUGCUCGGAGGCAUCACAUAAGUGGUGAUUCAAUCAACAUUCAGCAGCUUAAAGACUUCUGGCAGAAAAUCUCUGACGAAAGCUUCGACUCCAGGCUCCAGAUUUUCUUUGACAUGGUAGACAGAGACGCUGAUGGAAGAAUCAGCGAAGAUGAAGUCGAAGAGAUUAUCAGCCUGAGCGCUUCUGCAAACAAACUCUCCAAUAUUCAGAAACAAGCAAAGGAAUAUGCAGCUUUGAUUAUGGAAGAGCUAGACCCAGAAAAUGCCGGAUACAUCAUGAUAUACAACCUCGAAACACUGCUAUUACAAGCUCCGAACCAAUCUGUCAGGAUAACUGAUAGCCGCGUUCUGAGUCAAAUGUUAAGCCAGAAGCUGAAGCCUACACUGGAAGACAACCCACUAAGAAUAUGGUACCAGAAGAGUAAGUACUUCCUAAUGGAUAACUGGCAAAGGGUAUGGGUAAUGUUGCUAUGGCUUGGAAUUGUUCUGGGUCUGUUUGCGUACAAGUUCGUGCAGUAUCGAAACAAGGCCGUGUUCCACGUGAUGGGGUAUUGUGUUUGCGUUGCCAAAGGUGGGGCAGAGACCGCCAAAUUCAACAUGGCCCUGAUAUUACUACCAGUAUGCCGGAACACCAUUACUUGGCUCAGAAACAAAACCAAAUUAGGGAAAAUUGUUCCAUUUGAUGACAACCUUAAUUUCCAUAAGGUGAUUGCUGCCGGAAUUGCCGUCGGGGUUGGACUGCACGCCGUUGCUCACUUAACAUGUGAUUUCCCACGACUUCUUCACGCAACGGAGGAGGAAUACGAGCCCAUGAAACCUUAUUUUGGAGAAGAAAAGCCUCCCAACUACUGGUGGUUUGUGAAGGGGGUGGAAGGGGUGACAGGUAUAAUAAUGGUGGUCUUGAUGGCAAUAGCAUUCACGCUAGCCACCCCUUGGUUUAGGAGAAACAGGGUCAACCUCCCCAAGCCCUUCAAGAAGUUUUCUGGUUUCAAUGCCUUCUGGUAUUCCCACCACCUUUUUGUCAUCGUCUAUACUCUCCUUAUUGUCCAUGGCAUUUACCUCUACCUCUCCAAAAAAUGGUAUCAGAAAACGACAUGGAUGUAUUUGGCCGUGCCUGUAUCUCUGUAUGCAUGUGAAAGAUUGAUUAGAGCUUUCAGAUCCAGCAUCAAGCCUGUUAAGAUUCUAAAGGUUGCCGUUUAUCCGGGAAAUGUGUUGGCAUUGCACAUGUCAAAGCCUCAGGGCUUUAAAUACAAGAGUGGACAGUACAUGUUUGUCAACUGCGCUGCUGUCUCUCCUUUUGAAUGGCAUCCAUUUUCCAUAACUUCAGCACCGGCAGACGAUUACCUAAGCGUCCACAUUAGAACACUGGGUGACUGGACGCGACAGCUCAAAACUGUUUUCUCGAAGGUCUGUCAGCCUCCAUCUGCUGAGAAGAGCGGCCUGCUAAGAGCUGAUUUCAUUCAAGGACCCAACAACCCCAGCUUUCCGAAGAUAUUGAUUGACGGUCCAUAUGGCGCUCCAGCACAAGACUACAAGGAUUACGAUGUGGUUUUGCUGGUGGGGCUUGGGAUCGGGGCGACGCCCAUGGUCAGCAUUGUCAAAGACAUCAUUCACAACAUCAGGAUGAAGGAAGAUGAAGAGAACUCAGCGGAAGGAGCUUUAGAGAGUGGACAAGGCAAUACCCCACCGCACAACAGUAAAAACAAGAGCAAUAAAUCAGGAUUCAAGACGAGGAAAGCCUACUACUAUUGGGUGACGAGAGAACAGGGUUCGUUCGAUUGGUUCAAAGGGAUAAUGAACGAAGUUGCUGAGCUGGACGAGAAGGGGAUGAUAGAACUGCACAAUUACUGCACAAGCGUGUACGAAGAAGGUGACGCUAGAUCUGCACUGAUAACCAUGCUUCAGUCUCUCCACCAUGCCAAGAAUGGUGUGGACGUGGUGUCGGGGACCAGAGUCAAAUCCCACUUCGCCAAACCCAACUGGCGACAAGUCUACAAGAAGAUAGCUCUCCACCACCCGGAUACACGAGUUGGAGUUUUCUACUGUGGGGCACCGGCACUAACCAAAGAACUGGGGCAACUUGCUUUGGACUUCUCUCACAGGACCUCCACCAAAUUUGAUUUCCAUAAAGAGAACUUUUAAAGACGAUGAAUCUAAAAGAAAGAGAAGGAAAAUGGUGGAAGAAAGCCAUUCGAAAGUCACCCUUCAUAUUGUUGUAGUGUAUAUAGUAUUAUAGUCCAGUCCCCGCGGCCAUAUUGCAUCGAUUCCUCCGCCCAUGGUGACGAUUAAAAUGUUGGUCCAUGGCGGGAGGUGGGGGCCACCAGCACUUAACUCCGUUUAGAGAUGUUAUUAUUUAUUUAUUUAUUUGUA